AUGCCCCCAAAACCAAUGAUGUGGCGGUUUUGGCUUUGGUUUGGUAAGCGUCGCUCCUCAUACAUUCUCCAGAUGAAGUACGCCAAGGCUGAAACGACACCUGCGAGCGCAAACGCUGCCGACGAGAGACCAAUUGAGCCCAUAACUAAGAUAUAG